AUGCUGCGACUCCAGGCCUUCUUCAAGCGCAUCGUUGAGUCAUCAGCUGAAAUCAGCCCAGUUGUAGCAAGAAUUGAGAAGCGCCUACGAAGCACCAAUCGAGUCAGACAGCCUGUGAAGAUCAGCAGCCUUCUUCGAGAGAAAAAGGACGGAUCCACCCCAGUUGUGGUUGCCAAACUCCUUGACGAUGAAACAGCCCUUGUGAUUCCAAGUGGCCUGAAAAUAGUGGCAUUGAAGUGGUCUCAUUCAGUGGCUCGUAAAAUCAGGGAAGCUGGUGGACAGCUCUUUAGCAUCGACCAGUUCAUGGUUGGAUGCGACGGAGACUCCUCCAAGCUCCAGAUUGUUCAGACUGAUCCAAGCAAGAGAAAGAGCAGCAAGUACUGGGGCCCUGCUCCUGGUGAGAAGGGGUCUGUUGCUUAUCCAAGAGACAACACCAAGGGAAAGAACAAGGAGAAGAGGAUUGGAAUAAAGAAGGCAGUUAAGUUUACACCCCAGGAAUGA